AUGGCCGGUCUGUCGUUUGAUAAUUACCAGAGGAACAAUUUUUUGGCUUCUAAGUCCCAUGCGCAGCCUAAGGCGACCUCAACAGGUACUACUAUUGUAGGUGUGAAAUUCAACAAUGGAGUGGUAAUUGCAGCUGAUACUAGGUCUACACAGGGCCCUAUUGUAGCUGAUAAGAACUGUGCUAAGUUACAUCGUAUUUCGCCUCGAAUUUGGUGUGCAGGUGCCGGUACUGCUGCUGAUACAGAAGCUGUAACGCAAUUGAUUUCUUCUAAUUUGGAAUUACACUCUCUAUAUGCUAGCAGAGAGCCCCGUGUAGUUUCUGCUUUGCAGAUGUUGAAACAGCAUCUUUUCAAAUACCAGGGUCACAUUGGUGCUUAUUUGAUUGUAGCCGGUGUGGACCCAACCGGUGCUCACCUUUUCUCGAUUCACGCACAUGGCUCUACAGACGUUGGUUACUACCAAUCGCUCGGGUCUGGUUCUCUAGCGGCCAUGGCUGUGCUUGAAUCCCAUUGGAAACAGGAUCUGACGAAGGAGGAAGCUAUUAAUCUGGCUUCAGAUGCCAUCGAGGCUGGUAUAUGGAACGAUUUAGGAUCUGGUUCAAACGUUGACGUUUGUGUGAUGGAGAUAGGCAAGGAUGCAGAGUACUUGAGGAAUUACAGGACUCCAAACGUGAGAGAACCAAAGCAACAGAGUUAUAAAUUUGCCCGUGGUACGACAGCUGUACUCAGAGAGAGCAUCGUGAAUAUCUGCGACGUGCAGGAGGAAACAGUAGACAUUGUAGGGUAG